GAGGACUGGGGAAGCGGCAGGAGAAAGAUGAUGCACUCGCUGAAGAAAAAGACCAGUCAGCUCGCCGGUUUACUGGCAGGAGAAGUUUUACCAUGCUCAAACAACUGUGCCCAGUUAGCUUUCCUGAGCACUACCAGCGCCUCGAGUGUUUCGGCAGGCAUCGCACCUGGCCCAUCGCCGCGCAAGUCCGCCCCGCGCUCCACGCUGGGCAACGUGGAGUUCGACUUUGUGUUCGCACAAAAUCCCGCGGCCCAGGAGCAGCUGCGCGAGGCGGCCAGGGAGUCCAUUCUGGAGCGGCUGGCGCCGGUGUUGGGGCGGCGCAAGGGGCGCAGGCUGGAGCCGGAGGCGCUGCAGCGGCUGCAGGCCGAGGAGCUGGCGUCUGCCUGCACCCAGGCGCGCCUGCCCGCCGCCGCCUUCGCCGACAGCACCACAAUGGCCGCGGCCCUGCACGCCUUCCUCUACCCCCACCCCCCACCCAACGCCACCCACACGACCCACACACCCGCCUCAGGAGCUUCAGGCCCCCUGCGGGGAGCACCGGUGGGAGCGGGGGCGCCGGAGGGCGCCACGGCCUUUCAGACGGCCUCGUGGGAUUCCUUGGGACAGGGCCCGGGCUGGGAGGGCGGCGCUGCCGCCGCCGCCGGCAGUGGUCGGGGCCUGGCGGAGGAGGUAGAGGAGGUGGAGGAGCGGGAGGAGCAGGAGGCGGCGGAGCGGGCGGCGGCGGCGGAGCGGGCGGCGGCGGCGGAGCGGGCGGCGGCGGCGCUGCUGGAAGGGGAGCUGGGCCGGCGGCUGAGUGCGCUGACGUCGGGCGGCAGUAGCAGCAGUGGCAGCAGUGGCGCUGUAGCAGGCAGGCAGCAGCAGCAGCAGCAGGGCCGGCGCAGCCCUCUGUUUCCGCAGGCGGCGCAGGCGGGGGCCGCCCUGGCGGCGGCGCCGCCGCCGCUGCAGCAGGAGGAGGGGGCGGCCGGUGUUGAGCCGCCGUUGUCGCCAUCCCUGCCGCUCGAUGUGCCAGCACGGCAGCAGCCGGCAACAGGGGCUGCCGCUGGCUCUGCGAGCCAGCUUCCCGGUUCCCGCUUCCCCACGCCCGCCUUGCAAACUGCUACUGCUGCUGCUGAAGACCACGAUUGGGAGCGAGAGGCUUCGGACACAACAUCGAAGCUCGCGCCGCAGCGCCACAGCGCGGGCGACGGGCCGCUGCCGCCGCCGCCGCAGGGGUCCGCCAAUGCGCCGCUGCCGUCGCCGCACGCGGCGCCGGCGGCGGGCGAGGUGCUGCGGGCGGUGCGGCGGGCGCUGUCGCGGCGCGGCUACCCGACCAAGGAACCGGCGCAGCUGCGGAGUGUGCUGCUGCUGAGUCGGCACCAGCUGCUGGACUUGUUGGCGGACUUUAACGCGCUACCGGGCGGUAACGGCGCCGGCCUCAGUCGGGAGCAGCUGGCGGCGGCACUGCUGCAGCUGCUGACACCGCCCGGCGGUGGCGCGGCGAUGGAGGAGGCGGCGGCCGGUGGCAGUAGCAGCACCGGCACUGGCGCCGGUAGCAGUAGAACUAGCAGCAGCGGUAGCAGCAGCGUCGCCGAGGCAACUCACGUGCCAUCCGAGCAACUGAGCGUGGUAGAGGACGGGGGGCAGCGGCAGCUGCAGGAUCAGGCGGCGGCGUGGGACGAGGAGGCGGCGGCUUUUGGGGACCCGCGGCGGCGGGAGGUGCUGGCGGCGGCGCGGCGGCGGCGGCAGCUGAUGGAGCGGGCGGCGGUGCCGGAGGAGAUUGCCACGUGGCUGGUCAAGGCGCGUGCGCAGGACGUGAUGCUCUUCAGCCUGCCCCCCGCGGGCGCCGGCGCCGCCGCCUCACACGCCGUGCUGGCCACCGCGCUGUCGCAGCGGCACGCCUACGCCGCCGCACACGCCGUCAGAUACCAGAUCAAAGACAAACUCGACGCCCUGGUGGCGGCGGAGGCGGCACAGGCGGAAGCUGCGGGCGCACGCGGCUCGGCGGCGGCGGCGGCGGCGGUGCCGGGCGCACCCGCUGUGGCCGGCGUCAACGGCAGCGACUGGCUGUCCCUGGAAGCGGGCGGUGUGACGGUGCACGUGCUCACGGCGCCGGCGCGGCAGUACUACCGCCUGGAGCAGCUCUUCAGCGCAGAGGCGGAGGCGGCAGAGGCGGAGGCGGAGGCGGAGGCGGAGGCGGACCGGCACCGCUACGCAGGAGGGGCUGCGGGCCUGCGGCGGCGCGGCGGCGGCCUGCGCGGCUCGCGGCGGCAGCCGCCGCCGCCAGCCGCCGGGGCCUCCUCCAAUGCAGACCUGCCGCCAGGCUCGGCCUCCUCUACCUCCUCGUCAUCUUUCCAGCACUGGCAGCAGCAGGACCCGCAGCAGCAGCAGCAGCAGCAGCAGCAGCAGCAGCAGCAGCAGCAGCAGGACCCGCAGCUGCAAGGACACGGGGUGGAGGGGGCCGCACGUGAAGCUGGCGAGGUCGCGGCACCCCGCCGCCACCCGCACCAGCAGCGGGCGCAGCCGGCGGCGGCGGCGGCGGCGCGGCGGCCGCGUGUUCAACUGUUUGGCCCCGAGGCGGCGGGGGAGCGGCUGCCCGAUACACUGGAGACGGCGCAGGUGCACCCGGAGGAGCGCGAGGAGGCACUCGCCGGGCAGAGCGGCGAGGAGGCGCGGCGGCGUUGACCGGGGGCAGUUGGUGGGGCAGUUGGGGCGGCGGCGGAAUGCGCCGUGCCGCUGAUGCGGCGGUCGAAUGGUAUGUGUGUGAGGAGGGGAUGAGCAGCCUAUAGGCUUCAAGGGGGCUGCGAGGUGGAAUGGGAUUGGUCGCUGUGUUUGGGGUUGUACAUGUGCAUGCGGCGCCGAGGUGGCGUGCUCGUUGGGAAGAAGUCGCCAGCUGAUGGCUCGGGAGGUGCAGGCAGGUGGCGGGGGCGGUGUACGCUAGGGGGGCGUGAUGGGCCGAGGGAUGGGAAGGGUGCGGUGUCAGCUGACAGGG